AUGGGAAACCAACCGUCCAAAGGUUCAGGGUCAGCAACGCCCAGGAAUAGUGCAUCCCAAACGUCUCUAGCAGAUAAUUUAUCAUCUUAUCCUUCGUUCAGCAAAGCAGAUACCAAGGAAUCUAACAAAUCAUUCAGAGGCGCCCUUCGAUCAAAAAUACCAGGUUCCAAGGACAGUCCAAGGAAUUCAAUUGCAGGAAUAGGUACUAUUGGAGAUGCAAAUGACAAAUCUGACGUUGGGUCCAUCAAAUCGGGAAAAGGCUCUAAAUCGGGCAGGUCAUCAUCUGUACCAGCCUCACCCAGAUCGCCUCAAGAUUCCACUGAAGAUCUUCCUUCGCCAGUCGAUGAUCUCAAGCCCCCCCCUUCGCCUGUGCAGUCUCCUUCCGUAAAGUCCGGACAUCACGAUGUCGGGGCUGCACAGCGCAGUGGUGAAGUUGAUCAUGUUUCCGACCAGCCUCCCUCGGGCGCAGUAAAUCCUCAUGCAGUUGGAGGGCGAGCUGGGCAAUCUAUAUUGGUCAAGAGGGCAAAUGAGAUUAAUCCUGUUGACCAAAAAACCUUACUAGCUGCUCCAAUGAAUGGAGCUAAUGAUGCAGCACUCUCAACAUCAUCAUCCGGACAAAUCUCCAUGGGCACACUGAAAGAUAAAGAACUCGACGACUAUAUUUCGAGGCUCUUAGAUGCAGGCUACCAGGGAAAAAGCACCAAGGGAGUUUGUCUCAAAAGUGCAGAAAUCAACUCAAUUUGCCUUCGAGUAAGAGAGAUCUUGUUAGACCAACCACCACUCGUCGAAUUGGAAGCCCCAGUCAAGAUUGUAGGUGAUAUUCAUGGGCAAUACUCGGACCUCAUUCGCAUGUUUGAAAUGUGUGGGUUCCCUCCCUCGUCAAACUUCUUAUUCCUGGGUGAUUAUGUUGAUCGAGGCAAGCAAUCUCUUGAGACAAUUCUAUUGCUCAUGUGCUAUAAGAUCAAAUACCCAGAGAACUUCUUUCUGCUGAGAGGUAAUCACGAAUGUGCAAACGUUACUAGAGUCUAUGGAUUUUAUGAUGAGUGUAAACGAAGAGCUAAUGUCAAAGUAUGGAAGACAUUUGUGGAUGUCUUCAACUGUUUACCUAUUGCUGCAAUCGUCGCAGGGAAGAUCUUUUGUGUUCACGGCGGCUUAUCCCCCGCUCUCAGCCAUAUGGAUGAUAUCAGACACAUUGCUCGACCCACAGACGUCCCUGAUUUUGGAUUACUUAACGAUCUUUUGUGGUCUGAUCCUGCAGAUCAGGAAAAUGAUUGGGAAACUAGCGAGAGAGGCGUUAGUUAUUCGUUUGGUAAGAAGGUCAUUUCGGAGUUCCUAGCAAGGCAUGACUUUGACUUGGUCUGUCGGGCACACAUGGUUGUUGAAGACGGUUACGAAUUUUUUGAAGAUCGAAUCCUCGUUACGGUAUUUUCUGCACCCAACUAUUGCGGCGAGUUUGACAAUUAUGGAGCUGUCAUGAGUGUUUCAACAGAGCUACUUUGCAGCUUUGAACUUCUGAAACCGUUGGACUCCAGUGCCUUAAAGAGUCAGAUGAAAAAGAGUCGUAACAAGCGGAAUAGUAUGGUCAACAGUCCUCCACCAAUAGGAGGUUUUGCCCCACAGAGUGUAUAA